CCCUUCUCGAGAGCAAAACGCCAACAGCAGCAGUUGCAGACGAACAGCAAGCGCUCGCUUCCCCCCUCGCCUUCCCUUAUCGCUGCUGUUCUUUUCACCUUGUCGUCAAUUCCUCCCUUCCUCCCUUCCUCCCUUCCUCCCCUCCCUUCCUCCCUUCCUCACCACCACGGACAACGAUGGCCUCCUUUGCUCCUCGCGCUGGCUCGCCAGCCAUGUUUGAGCUGUUUGACGAUGCCCAGAUGAUGUCCUCGUUUGGCGACCUGCUGGACCUCGCCAGCUUUGACCUCGACGUUGCCCUCCCCCCAACAACAAGCGCGCCGAUGGCGACGCCAAUCACAACAGACACCACCACCAGCAGCAUCAGCAGCACUGACGUGUGUGUGCCGCACAUGGACAGCAUGGACCUUGCGCUCGACAGCCUCGCCUCGGUCGGCAGCACCGACGCCGACUUGGACAGCGCGCUUGACAGCUAUUUUGCUGGUGAGGAGCCCGCCUACCCGCCGCUCUCCACGCUCAACUUGGAGUCGUUGGCAAUCGUUGGUGGUGCACCAAGCUCGCCCGCGUCGUCGUCCACCAUCAGCGGCAUGCGCAUCUCCACGCCCUGUUCUCCCGCCGAGUCGGCAUACACGUCAUCGUCGUCGUCGUCGUCGCCGCCGUCUGCAGCCGAGGCGUGGUCCACAAUGGCCACCACUUGGUCCUUCCACGGCCAGGGCAACAGUGUUGGCGUCGAGGCUGAGGCAGCUUCAAUGGCGCCUCCAUCUCCGAUGUUCGCGUCUGUGGCGUCGUCUCCACCAGCCUCGUCUGGCUACUCUUCGCCUGCGUCGUCGCCUGUGCGUCGCCAGUCCACACCGCCAGCAUCGCCCGCGGCCGACAAGAACCAGAAGAAGAAGACCAAGACAAAGAAGCAGAACCGCCAGCAGCAGCAGCAGCAGCAGCAGCAGGGCAUCGCCUGCACGCUGAGCGCUGCGGAGGAGCAGCUGAAGCAGUGGCUGUGCACGCACACCCGCGCCGGCGGCAUCACCACGGAGAAUGUGAUGGACCUUGUUGCCCAUGACGGCAACCGCAUGGCGCCCGCCCGCAAGAAGGACCGCUCCAGCCCCAAGAACGCGUUCUUCUUCCGCCUCGCUGCGCUGGACGUUGACAAAAUGACGUUCAAGGCCAUCAAGAAGACGCUGGCCCGCCUUGACCGCCCGGACAGGAGCGCGCUUGUCGAGCUCUACGUGGACGAGCGCCGCAAGGUGCAGAACCAGCGCUCCCAGGCCAAGAAGCGCGAGCAGGAACGCAUGGGCGUCAACACGCUCAAGACGAACAACAUCAACCUGCGCCAGGCUGUCGCCGACGCCGACACGCAGCUCGCUGGCCUCCAGCUUCUGCUCACCUCUGUCCUCCGCGCCAACGGCCAGGUGCCACAACAGCAGCAACCGCAACCGCUUUGCUGCUGAAGGCACCACGCGUGUUUGUUUGUGCUUGCUUGCACAAGCAAAACACCCGAAACCCGCCCCCCGAGACUGAUCGGAUAACCGACGUCUCGAUUUACCCCUUUUUUCUUUCACCCUUGAACGCUUGGUGUGAGCUGUUGUUGCUUUUGCAAGACACGGUUCCUCCACGCGCCUUUUUCCCCUUUGCUCUUUUUUCCUCGUGUGUCCUGUCAUUGUUGUUGUUUGUGUUUGUCUGUGUUUUGUUUCCGUUGUGACGACGACCGUUCAUGUCAUUUAGCCCUUUUCUUUUUUCCUGCCUGCCCUUGCUUUGCCUUUUCUUUUUCUUUCUUUCUUUUUGUUGCCUGCGCCUUGCUCUGCUUUUCCUAACUGCGUUGCCUCCUUUUGCAGCUGCACUGUUUUUGGCAGUGAGAUGACAUGAUGUGCUUGGUGGUUCUUGGCGCGCGCGCACGCACCCCCAAGACGCUUUGCGGCCCUUUAUUUCGCUCGUGUGUUGUGGGUUUUUGAUGCUCGGUGUUGUUUUUGUGUGGGGGUUCUUCUCUGAUAGGUGCCCGUUUUUCUUUGGCGCACACUAUUGCUCAAGGAGAAGUUUCCAUCCACCCACGCAAACCGCGCAGUCCCCACUUGACAAUCACUUGACAUGCACACACUGCGUGCGCCCGCCAUCCCCUCUUCAUCCAUCGUGUCUCUUGUCUGCCUUGUGUUGCUGUUGCUGCUGUUGUUGCUUUCAACGCGCCAGAAUACAUACAUCACUUAAAUUGAACCCCCCA